AUGACUUACGGAUGCCAGCCUGGCCACUUCGGGCUUUUCAAGCCCACAGGGGAAAACCACCCACCUAAUUCUGGCCCUUUCAAUGAUAAAGAGAGCCAGAUCGCUAAUUGCCUUCUGAAAAACGGCUUCACGUAUCAGAAAUUCACCCACUGUGCUUCAGUGAACUACCUGGGGACUGGCGAUGACAUGAAUGGGGACCGGGCGACAGUAAAGAGGCCUCGUCAGGAGGAGACUCACAUCUGCGAGAAAUGCUGCGGAGAGUUCUUCAGCGUCUCUGAGUUCUUAGAACAUAAGAAAAAUUGCACUAAACACCCACCUGUCCUCAUCAUGAACGACAGCGAGGGGCCGAUGCCUUCCGAAGACUUCUCCGGGGCUGGGCUGAGCCACCUGCCACGCAGUCCAAGCAUUAAGGACAGUCACAGGGAGAGUGGCAGCAGCUCAGGGGACAUGAAGGAGAAGCCAGGGGCGGAGUCUGUCCUGUACUUAAAGACUGAGCCCGCCCUGCCACCCACAGCCCAGGACUUAAGCUAUUUACCCAAAGGCAAAGUGGCCAACACUAACGUCACUCUUCAAGCACUACGGGGCACCAAGGUGGCAGUGAAUCAGCGGAGCGCGGACGCGCUGCCCGCCCCCCUGCCCGGUGCCAACAGCAUCCCGUGGGUCCUGGAGCAGAUCCUGUGUCUGCAGCAGCAGCAGCUACAGCACUCCUUGCAGAUCCACCUCCGCUCCCACACUGGAGAGAGACCCUUCGUGUGCUCUGUCUGUGGCCACCGGUUCACCACCAAGGGCAACCUCAAGGUACACUUUCAUCGACACCCCCAGGUGAAGGCGAACCCCCAGCUGUUUACCGAGUUCCACGACAAAAUGGCAGCAGGCAAUGGCGUUCCCUAUGCGCUCUCUGUACCUGUCCCCAUAGAUGAAUCGAGUCUCUCUCUAGACAGCAAGCCUGUCCUGGUCACAGGGACCCCCAAUGUAGGUCUACCUCAGAACCUCUCUUCGGGGACUAACCCCAAGGACCUAAUGGGUGGCCCACUGGUCCCCGACCUGCAGCCUGGGCCGUCUCCAGAAAGUGAGGACGGAUCCCUACUCUCUGGGGUGGGGCCAAACCAUAAUUCCCCAAGGGCUGGUGGCUUCCAAGGGAGAGGGACACCCGAGCCAGGGUCGGAGACCAUGAAGUUGCAGCAGCUGGUUGAGAACAUUGACAAGGCCACCACUGACCCCAACGAAUGUCUCAUUUGCCACCGGGUCUUAAGCUGCCAAAGCUCCCUCAAAAUGCAUUACCGAACCCACACCGGGGAGAGGCCCUUCCGCUGUAAGAUCUGUGACCGAGCUUUCUCCACCAAAGGCAACCUGAAGACACACUUCGGGGUUCACCGAACCAACACAUCCAUAAAGACGCAGCACUCGUGCCCCAUCUGCCAGAAGAAGUUUACCAACGCAGUCAUGUUGCAGCAGCAUAUCCGGAUGCACAUGGGUGGUCAGAUUCCCAACACGCCCCUGCCCGAGAGUCCCUGUGACUUGGUGGGUCCGGAGCUGAUGGUGGUGGGUGAGAACGGCAGCACAGGUGCUGUCUGUCACGACGACAUUGUCGAAAGCAUCGAUGUUGAUGAAGUCGGCUCCCAGGACGCUCCCAGCAGCUCCUCGAAGGUCCCCCUGCCUCUUUCCAGCAUCCACUCGGCAUCGCCCACAACGGGGUUCACCUUGAUGGCCCCCCUGGAGGCCUCGGGGAAGCUGGGUCCGGCUCCUCUGGUCCUGCAGCGGCAGAGCAGCCGAGAGAACGGUUCGGUGGAGAGCGAUGGCUUGACCAACGACUCCUCGUCCUCAGUGAUGGGAGACCAGGAGUAUCAGAGCCGAAGUCCAGACAUCCUGGAGGCGACCUCCUUUCAGGCCCUCUCCCCGGCCAAUAGCCAAGCAGAAAGCAUCAAGUCCAAGUCUCCUGAUGCUGGUGGCAGAGCAGACAGCUCCGACAGCAGCCGCACCGAGAUGGAAGGUCGGAGCAGUCUCCCAUCAGCAUUUGUCCGAGCCCAGCCAACCUAUGUCAAAGUGGAAGUUCCUGGUGCGUUUGGACCCGUGACCAUGUCCCCAGGCCUGGCUCCUCUGCUGGCGGCCCAGCCACGCCGCCAGGGCAAGCAGCACGCCUGCACGCGGUGCGGGAAGAACUUCUCGUCGGCCAGCGCCCUCCAGAUUCACGAGCGGACUCACACGGGGGAGAAGCCCUUCGUGUGUAACAUCUGUGGGCGAGCUUUCACCACCAAAGGCAACUUGAAGGUUCACUAUAUGACGCAUGGCGCCAACAACAGCUCCGCCCGCCGCGGGAGGAAGCUGGCCAUCGAGAACACCAUGGCUCUUCUAGGAACAGACACAAAGAGGGUCCCAGAGGUGUUUCCCAAGGACAUCAUGGCCCCUUCAGUGAACGUGGACCCUGUUGUGUGGAACCAGUACACCACCAUGCUCAACGGUGGUCUGGCCAUGAAGACCAACGAGAUCUCGGUGAUCCAGAGCGGAGGCAUCCCGACUCUCCCCGUGUCCCUGGGUGCCAGCUCCGUUGUCAGCAACACCACCGUCUCCAAGAUCGAUGGCUCCCAGUCAGUUAGCAGCGACGUGGAAAAGCCGGGUGCUGCUGACAGCGUCCCCAAACACCAGUUCCCUCACUUCCUGGAGGAAAACAAGAUUGCGGUCAGCUAAGCGACGGGAGAGCCCGUGUGAAGGAGAAAUGCCGAGUGACCGCUUGAACUGGAUCUUUUGUUUUUGUCGUUGUUGUUAAAAACCCAUCUUCUCCUGUUCGUUUUUUUACUGAUGUGCGAAUGUUUACAGUUGUGACCACAACCUCAGGCACGUCCAACAAUCACGAUGUUGCUAUGCUGCUUUGCUAAAAAAA